CCCCGGGACCCAGUCGGGCGGGCGCCGAGCGAGCGAGUGAGCGAACGGAGCAGGCCAGGCCAUGGGGCGGCGGGCGGCGGGCGCGCUGCUGCCGGCGCUGCUGCUGCUGCUGCUUGGGCGGCUGCUCGCGGUGGCCCACGGGCUGAGGGGAGACGAUGGCUUGUCUCUGCCCGAGGAUGCAGAGACCGUCACGGCAGGCCGGGCUGGCUGGACCUAUUCGGACCUUUCUGAUGACGAGGACUUGCUGGCUGACGAUGCCUCCGGAGAUGGCCUGGGCAGUGGGGACCUGGGUAGCGGAGACUUCCAAAUGGUUUAUUUCCGGGCCCUGGUAAACUUCACUCAUUCCAUCGACUACAGCCCCCGACUGGAAGAUGCAGCCUCCGAGGAGUUCCGAGAGGUGUCCGAGGCCGUGGUCGACACGCUGGAGUCGGAAUACCUGAAGAUCCCUGGAGACCAGGUUGUCAGCCUGGUGUUCAUCAAGGAGCUGGAUGGCUGGGUCUUUGUGGAGCUGGAUGUGGGCUCAGAAGGGAAUGCAGACUUGGCUCAGAUUCAAGAGGUGCUUCACACGGUCGUCUCCAGCGGCUCCAUUGCUUCCUACGUCACCUCUCCCCACGGCUUCCAGUUCCGACGCCUGGGCACAGUGCCCCAGCCCUCGAGGGUCUGCACCGAGGCGGAAUUUGCCUGCCACAGCCACAACGAGUGUGUGGCCCUGGAGUAUCGCUGUGACCGGCGGCCUGACUGCAGGGACAUGUCCGAUGAGCUCAAUUGUGAGGAACCUGUCCCAGAGCUCAGCUCCGUGCUGCCCCCUCUGCUGGAGACCCCGCCUCCACCACCCCAGCCAGAGGCAAUCAGCCCCCAGCAGCCCCCAGGCUCCCCCACCCCCUUGCCGCUGCGCCCCGAUGAUGACAGGCCCGUGCCCUGUGGGCCCCACGAGGCCACGUGCCACAGCGGGCACUGUAUCCCCAAAGACUACGUCUGCGAUGGGCAGGAGGACUGCACGGACGGCAGCGACGAGCUGGACUGCGGCCCCACCCCACCCUGUGAACCCAACGAGUUCCCCUGCAGAAAUGGGCACUGUGCCCUCAAGCUGUGGCACUGCGACGGCGACUACGACUGCGACGACCGCACGGACGAGGCCGACUGCCCCACCAAGCGCCCUGAGGAUGUAUGCGGGCCCACGCAGUUCCGCUGUGUCUCCACCGACACGUGCAUCCCGGCCAGCUUCCACUGCGACGAGGAGAGCGACUGUCCCGACCGCAGCGACGAGUUUGGCUGCAUGCCCCCCCAGGUGGUGACCCCACCCCAGGAGUUGAUCCAGGCUUCCCGGGGCCAGACGGUGACCUUCACCUGCGUGGCCAUCGGUGUACCCACCCCCAUCAUCAACUGGAGGCUCAACUGGGGCCACAUCCCCUCCCACCCCAGGGUGACAAUGACCAGCGAGGGUGGCCGCGGCACCCUGACCAUCCGCGACGUGAAGGAGGCAGACCAGGGGGCCUACACCUGCGAGGCCAUGAACGCCCGCGGCAUGGUGUUCAGCAUUCCUGACGGCGUCCUGGAGCUCAUCCCACAGCGAGCAGGCCCCUGCCCCGAUGGGCACUUCUACCUGGAGGACAGCGGCUCCUGUCUGCCCUGCUUCUGCUUCGGGGUCACCAGCGUGUGCCAGAGCAGCCACCGCUUCCGGGACCAGAUCCGGCUGCGCUUUGACCAGCCCAAUGACUUCAAGGGCAUGAACGUGACGAUGCCUGCGCAGCCCGGCACGCCGCCCCUCUCCUCCACCCAGCUGCAGAUUGACGUUACUCUGCAGGAGUUCCAGCUGGUUGACCUGUCCCGCCGCUUCCUCAUCCACGACUCCUUCUGGGCUCUGCCCGAGCAGUUCCUGGGCAACAAGGUGGACUCCUACGGUGGCUCCCUGCGCUACAAGGUGCGCUAUGAGCUGGCGCGUGGCACGCUGGAGCCAGUGCAGCGGCCGGACGUGGUCCUCGUGGGUGCAGGAUUUCGCCUGCUGUCCCGGGGCCACACACCCACCCAACCCGGGGCUGUGAACCAGCGCCAGGUCCAGUUCUCUGAGGAGCACUGGGUCCACGAGUCUGGCCAGCCGGUGCAGCGGACGGAGAUGCUGCAGGUGCUGCAGAGCCUGGAGGCCGUGCUCAUCCAGACGGUGUACAACACCAAGAUGGCCAGCGUGGGGCUGAGUGACAUCGCCAUGGACACCACUGUCACCCACGCCACCAGCCAUGGCCGCGCCCACAGCGUGGAGGAGUGCAGGUGCCCCAUUGGCUACUCCGGCUUGUCCUGUGAGAGCUGUGAGGCCCACUUCACCCGGGUGCCGGGUGGGCCCUACCUGGGCACCUGUUCUGGCUGCAACUGUAAUGGCCACGCCAGCUCCUGUGAUCCCGUGUAUGGCCACUGCCUGAAUUGCCAGCACAACACAGAGGGGCCUCAGUGCAACAAGUGCAAGGCCGGCUUCUUUGGGGAUGCCACAAAGGCCACAGCCACUGCCUGCCGGCCCUGCCCCUGCCCAUAUAUCGAUGCCUCCCGCAGGUUCUCAGACACCUGCUUCCUGGACACGGAUGGCCAAGCCACAUGUGACGCGUGUGCCCCAGGCUACAUCGGCCGCCGCUGUGAGAGCUGUGCCCCUGGAUACGAGGGCAACCCCAUCCAGCCGAGUGGGAAGUGCAGGCCCAUCAAACAGCAGAUCUUGCGCUGUGACGAGCGAGGCAGCGUAGAGGCCUCCGGGGAGACCUGUCGCUGUAAGAACAACGUGGUGGGGCGCCUGUGCAACGAGUGCGCCAACGGCUCCUUCCACCUGAGCACGCGCAAUCCCGACGGCUGCCUCAAGUGCUUCUGCAUGGGCGUCAGCCGCCAGUGCACCAGCUCCUCCUGGAGCCGCUCCCAGGUGCAGGGGGCCUCUGAGGAGCCCACUGAGUUCAGCCUGACCAACGCUGCAGGCACCCACUCCACCAGUGAGGGCAUCUCGUCCCCCUCGCCUGGGGAGCUGCUCUUUUCCUCCUUCCACAGCCUCCUGCCUGGACCCUACUUCUGGAGUCUCCCCCCGCGCUUCCGGGGGGACAAGGUGACCUCCUAUGGGGGAGACCUGCGCUUCACUGUGACCCAGCGGCCCCAGCCUGGCUCUGAGCCCCUGCACGGGCAGCCGCUGGUGGUGCUGCAGGGCAACGGGAUUGUCCUGGAGCAUCACGCCUCCCACGAGCCCAGCCCUGGCCAGCCCAGCUCCUUCACUGUGCCCUUCUGGGAGCAAGCGUGGCAGCGGCCUGAUGGGCAGCCGGCCACACGGGAGCACCUGCUGAUGGCACUGGCCGGCGUUGACACCCUCCUGAUCCGGGCGUCCUACACCCAGCAGUCGGCUGAGAGCAGGGUCUCUGGCAUUAGCAUGGACGUGGCUGUGCCUGAGGACACCGGCCAGGACCCUGCCCUGCCAGUGGAGCAGUGCACCUGUCCACCCGGGUACCGUGGCCCAUCCUGCCAGGACUGCGACACAGGUUACACACGCACGCCCAGCGGCCUCUACCUGGGCACCUGCGAACGCUGCAGCUGCCAUGGCCACACAGAGGUCUGCGAGCCGGAGACAGGUGCCUGCCAGGGCUGCCAGCAUCACACGGAGGGCUCACGGUGCGAGCAGUGCCAGCCGGGAUACUACGGGGAUGCCCAGCGGGGGACGCCGCAGGACUGCCAGCCGUGCCCGUGCCAUGGAGCCCCUGCUGCUGGCCAGGCUUCCCACACUUGCUUUCUGGACACAGAUGGCCACCCCACCUGUGACGCGUGUUCCCCAGGCCACAGCGGGCGUCACUGUGAGAGGUGUACCCCAGGUUACCACGGCAACCCCAUCCAGGGCCUGCCUUGCCAAAGAGACAGCCAGAGGCCAGAACCGAUUGGCUGUGGCUGUGACCCCCAGGGCAGCAUCAGCAGUCAGUGUGAUGCGGCCGGCCAGUGCCAGUGCAAGGCCCAGGUGGAAGGCCUCACCUGCAGCCACUGCCGGCCCCACCACUUCCACCUGAGUGCCAGCAACCCUCAGGGCUGCCUGCCCUGCUUCUGCAUGGGUGUCACCCAGCAGUGCGCCAGCUCCUCCUACAGCCGCCACCUGAUUUCCACCCACUUUGCCCCUGGGGACUUCCAAGGCUUCGCCCUGGUGAACCCGCAGCGAAACAGCCGCCUGACGGGAGGCUUCUCCGUGGAGCCCGUGUCCGACGGUGCCCAGCUCUCUUUUGGCAACUUCGCCCACCUCGGCCACGAGUCCUUCUACUGGCAGCUGCCGGAGACGUACCAGGGAGACAAGGUGGCGGCUUAUGGCGGGAAGCUGCACUACACCCUCUCCUACACGGCAGGGCCACAGGGCAGCCCUCUGUCCGACCCUGACAUCCAGAUCACGGGCAACAACAUCAUGCUGGUGACCACCCAGCCGGCACCACGAGGCCCUGAGAGGCAGAGCUACGAGAUCGUCUUCCGAGAGGAAUUCUGGCGCCGGUCCGAUGGGCAGCCAGCCACGCGCGAGCACCUUCUGAUGGCGCUGGCUGACCUGGAUGAGCUCCUGGUCCGCGCCACGUUCUCCUCAGUGCCGCUGGCGGCCAGCAUCAGCGCCGUCAGCCUGGAGGUGGCCCAGCCCGGACCCUCAGAUGGACCCCGGGCCCUCGAGGUGGAGGAGUGCCGCUGUCCGCCGGGCUACAUCGGCUUGUCCUGCCAGGACUGUGCCCCAGGUUACACACGCACUGGGAGUGGGCUGUACCUCGGCCACUGUGAGCUGUGCGAAUGCAAUGGCCACUCGGACUUGUGCCACCCGGAGACCGGAGCCUGCUCGCAAUGCCAGCACAAUGCCGUUGGGGAGUUCUGCGAGCUGUGUGCCCCUGGCUACUAUGGAGAUGCCACAGCUGGGACCCCAGAGGACUGCCAGCCCUGUGCCUGCCCACUGACCAACCCAGAGAACAUGUUCUCCCGCACCUGUGAGAGCCUGGGAGCCAACGGGUACCGCUGCACGGCCUGUGAGCCCGGCUAUACCGGCCAGUACUGUGAGCAGUGUGCCCCGGGUUACGUGGGUAACCCCAAUGUGCGGGGGGGCCAGUGCCUGCCACAGAACCAAGACCCACUGCUGGUCCAGGUCCACCCUGCUCGGAGUGUAGUGCCCCAAGGUGGCCCCCACUCCCUGCGGUGCCAGGUCAGUGGGAACCCACCCCACUACUUCUACUGGUCUCGUGAGGAUGGGCGGCCCUUGCCCAGCAGCACCCAGCAGCGACAUCAAGGCUCCGAGCUCCACUUCCCCAGCGUCCAGCCCUCAGAUGCCGGGGUUUAUAUUUGCACCUGCCGGAAUCACCAGCAUACCAACACCAGCCGGGCAGAGCUGCUGGUCACUGAGGCUCCAAGCAAGCCCAUCAUGGUGACAGUGGAGGAGCAGCGGAGCCAGAGUGUGCGCCCUGGGGCCGACGUCACCUUCAUCUGCACGGCCAAGAGCAAGUCUCCAGCUUACACGCUGGUGUGGACCCGCCUGCACAACGGGAAGCUGCCCACCCGCGCCAUGGACUUCAACGGCAUCCUCACCAUCCGCAACGUGCAGCCAAGCGACGCGGGCACCUACGUGUGCACCGGCUCCAACAUGUUCGCCAUGGACCAGGGCACAGCCACGCUGCACGUGCAAGCCUCGGGUGCCCUGUCCGCCCCAGUGGUCUCCAUCCACCCGCCGCAGCUCACAGUGCAGCCUGGGCAGCUGGCCGAGUUCCGCUGCAGCGCCACAGGGAACCCCACGCCCACCCUCGAGUGGACAGGGGGCCCUGGUGGCCAGCUCCCACAGAAGGCACAGAUCCAGGGUGGCAUCCUGCGCCUGCCAGCCGUGGAGCCCUCGGAUCAGGCUCAGUAUCUGUGCCGCGCCCACAGCAGCGCCGGGCAGCAAGUGGCCAGGGCCGUGCUCCACGUGCACGGGGGCAGCGGGCCCAGGGUCCAGGUGAGUCCAGAGAGGACCCAGGUGCAUGAAGGCCGCACCGUCAGGCUGUACUGCAGGGCAGCAGGGACGCCCAGUGCCACCAUCACCUGGAGGAAGGAAGGGGGCAGCCUCCCCCCACAGGCCCGUUCAGAGCGCACUGACAUCGCCACGCUGCUCAUCCCAGCCAUCACGACUGACGACGCCGGCUUCUACCUGUGUGUGGCCACCAGCCCUGCAGGCACCUCACAGGCCCGCAUCCAGGUGGUCGUCCUUCCAGCCUCAGGUGCCAGCCCUCCGCCCAUCAGGAUUGAGUCCUCAUCACCAUCUGUGAGUGAAGGGCAGACACUUGACCUCAGCUGUGUGGUAGCCGGGCAGGCCGACGCCCAGGUCACGUGGUACAAGCGAGGGGGCAGCCUGCCCCCCCACGCCCAGGUCCACGGCUCCCGGCUGCGGCUAUCUCAUGUUUCGCCAGCUGAUUCUGGUGAAUAUGUGUGCCGAGUGGAGAGUGAGUCGGGCCCCAAGGAGGCCUCCAUCACCAUCUCUGUCCUCCAUGGCACCCACUCAGGCCCCGGCUACAUCCCAGUCCCCGGUGGAGCCCCUGCUCCAGGCACCCCCCAGCCCAUCCGCAUCGAGUCCUCCUCCUCGCACGUGGCCGAAGGGCAGACGCUGGACCUGAACUGCGUGGUGCCCGGGCAGGCCCACACCCAGGUCAUGUGGUACAGGCGUGGGGGCAGCCUCCCUGCCCGGCACCAGGCCCAUGGCUCACUGCUGCGGCUGCACCAGGUGUCCCCCGCUGACUCGGGCGAGUACGUGUGCCGCGUGGUCCUCGGCUCAGGGCCCCUGGAGGCCUCCGUCCUGGUCACCAUCGAGGCCUCCAGCUCCAGCUCUGGCUCCAUCCCUGCCCCAGGACCCGUCCCACCUGUCAGAAUUGAGUCCUCAUCCACCACGGUGGCCGAGGGGCAGACCCUCGAUCUAAGCUGUGUGGUGCCCGGGCAGGCCCACGCCCAGGUCACGUGGUACAAGCGGGGGGGCCGCCUCCCCGCCCAACACCAGGUCCGUGGUUCCCGGCUGUACAUCUUCCAGAUCUCCCCAGCGGAUGCAGGCGAGUACGUCUGCCGGACCAGCAGCGGCGUGGAGGCCUCCGUCACAGUCACGGUCACUGGGACCCAGGGGGCCAACUUCAUCCACCCCCCUGGAGGCGCCCAGCCCAUCCGCAUCGAGUCCUCCUCCUCGCACGUGGCCGAAGGGCAGACGCUGGACCUGAACUGCGUGGUGCCCGGGCAGGCCCACGCCCAGGUCACGUGGCACAGGCGCGGGGGCAGCCUCCCUGCCCGGCACCAGACCCACGGCUCGCUGCUGCGGCUGCACCAAGUGUCGCCAGCCGACUCUGGCGAGUACGUGUGCCGUGUGGUGGGCAGCUCCGGGCCCCUGGAGGCCUCUGUCCUGGUCACCAUCGAGCCUGCGUUCUCUGGGCCAGCGAUUGGGGUCACCCCCCCAGUCCGGAUCGAGUCGUCUUCCUCCCAUGUGGCUGAAGGGCAGACACUGGAUCUGAACUGCCUCGUCUCUGGGCAGGCCCACGCCCAGGUCACGUGGCACAGGCGCGGGGGCAGCCUCCCUGCCCGGCACCAGGUGCACGGCUCGCGGCUGCGGCUAUCCCAGGUGACCCCAGCCGACUCCGGGGAGUACGUGUGCCGCGUGGUGGGCAGCUUAGGCACCCAGGAAGCCUCAGUCCUUGUCACCAUCCAGCAGCGCCCCCAGGGCGUGGUGUACCCUGUCCGCAUCGAGUCAUCUUCGGCCUCCCUGGCCAAUGGGCAUACCCUGGACCUCAACUGCCUGGUGGCCAGCCACGCCCCUCACACCAUCACCUGGUACAAGCGUGGAAGCAGCCUACCCAGCCGACACCAGAUCGUGGGCUCCCGGCUACGGAUCCCCCAGGUGACGCCGGCCGACUCAGGCGAGUACGUGUGUCACGUCAGUAACGGUGCCGGUUCCCAGGAGACGUCUCUCAUUGUCACCAUCCAGGGCAGCGGGUCCUCCCACGUGCCCAGCGUCUCCCCAUCCAUCAGGAUCGAGUCCUCGUCGCCCACAGUGGUGGAAGGGCAAACCUUGGAUCUGAACUGCGUGGUCGCCGGGCAGCCCCAGGCCAUCAUCACGUGGUACAAGCGCGGGGGCAGCCUUCCUGCCCGCCACCAGGCCUACGGCUCCCGCCUGCGUCUGCACCAAAUGUCCGUGGCCGACUCGGGCGAGUACGUGUGCCGGGCCAACAACAACAUCGAGGCCCAGGAGACUUCCAUCACGGUCUCGGUCACCCCCAGCCCCAGCAGCGCCCCCGACCUUCAUGGUGCCAUGCCCAUCAGAAUUGAAUCUUCGUCUUCACAAGUGGCUGAAGGCCAGACGCUGGACCUGAACUGUGUGGUCCAGGGACAGGCCCACGCCCAGGUCACGUGGCACAAGCGCGGGGGCAGCCUCCCCAGUCGCCAUCAGGCCCACGGCUCACGGCUGCGGCUGCACCAGGUGUCCCCAGCUGACUCGGGCGAGUACGUGUGCCGCGUGGUGGGCAGCUCCGGCCCCCUGGAGGCCUCCGUCCUGGUCACCAUCGAAGCCUCCGGCUCCAGCACUGUUCGUGUUCCCGUCCCCGGCAGAGCCCCACCCAUCCGCAUCGAGACCUCGUCCUCCCGAGUGGCUGAAGGGCAGACUCUGGACCUGAACUGCGUGGUUCCUGGGCAGGCCCACGCCCAGGUCACGUGGCACAGGCGCGGGGGCAGCCUGCCCGCCCGGCACCAGGUCCACGGCCCCCUGCUGAGGCUGAAUCAGGUGUCCCCGGCCGACUCUGGCGAGUACUUGUGCCAGGUGACCAGCAGCUCGGGCAUCCUGGAGGCCUCUGUCCUGGUCACAAUUGAGGCCUCCAGCCCACGCCCCAUUCCUGCCCCAGGCCUGGCCCAGCCCGUCUACAUCGAGUCCUCCUCCUCACACGUGACUGAAGGGCAGACGCUGGAUCUGAACUGCGUGGUGCCCGGGCAGGCCCACACCCAGGUCACGUGGCACAGGCGCGGGGGCAGCCUCCCCGCCCGGCACCAGACCCAUGGCUCCCGGCUGCGGCUCCACCACAUCGCCCCCGCCGACUCUGGCGAGUAUGUGUGCCGCGUGGCCAGCGACCCAGGCCCCGAGCAGGAGGCCUCCUUCACGGUCACGGUGCCCUCCAGUGCAGGUUCCUCCUACCGCCUCAGGAGCCCUGUCAUCUCCAUCGACCCACCCAGCCGCACGGUGCAGCGGGGCCAGGACGCCAGCUUCAAGUGCCUCAUUCAUGACGGGGCAGCCCCCGUCACCCUCGAGUGGAAGACCCGGAACCAGGAGCUGGAGGACAAUGUCCACAUCAGUCCCAACGGCUCCAUCAUCACCAUUGUGGGCACCCGGCCCAGCAACCACGGCACCUACAUCUGUGUGGCCUCCAACGCCUACGGCGUCGCCCAGAGCGUCGUGAACCUCAGUGUGCAUGGGCCCCCGACAGUGUCCGUGCUCCCCGAGGGCCCCGUGCGGGUGAAGAUCGGCAAGGCCGUCACCCUGGAGUGCGUGAGUGCCGGGGAACCCCGCUCCUCUGCUCGGUGGACCCGUAUCGGCAGCCCCCUCAAGUUGGAGCAGCGGACGUUUGGGGUCGUGGACAGCCAUACGGUGCUGCAGAUUUCAUCAGCUAAGCCGUCAGAUGGGGGCAUCUACGUGUGCCUGGCUCAGAAUGCACUGGGCACGGCGCAGAAGCGGGUGGAGGUGAUUGUGGACACGGGCACUGUGGCCCCAGGGGCCCCCCAGGUGCAGGUGGAAGAAGCCGAGCUGACCGUGGAGGCUGGACACACAGCCACCCUGCGCUGCUCAGCCACAGGCAGCCCCACCCCCACCAUCCACUGGUCCAAGCUGCGCUCCCCCCUGCCGUGGCAGCACCAGCUGGAGGGCGACACUCUGCACAUCCCCCGGGUGGCCCAGCAGGACUCGGGCCAGUACAUCUGCAAUGCCACCAGCCCUGCUGGGCAUGCUGAGGCCACCGUCGUCCUGCACGUGGAGAGCCCACCGUAUGCCACCACGAUCCCAGAGCACGCUUCGGUGCGAGCAGGGGAGACGGUGCAGCUGCAGUGCCUGGCUCACGGAACACCCCCGCUCACCUUCCAGUGGAGCCGCGAGGGUGGCAGCCUCCCCCGCAGGGCCACCGCCAGGAAGGAGCUGCUGCGCUUUGAGCCUGCAGCCCCCGAGGACUCGGGCCGCUACCGCUGCCAGGUCACCAACAAGGUGGGCUCAGCUGAAGCCUUCGCCCAGCUGCUCGUCCAAGGCCCUGCUGGCUCCCUCCCCACCACCUCCGUCCCGGCAGGAUCCUCACCCACUGUGCAGGUGACGCCUCAGCUGGAGACCAAGAGCAUCGGGGCCAGCGUCGAGUUCCACUGUGCCGUGCCCAGCCACCGGGGCACCCAGCUCCGCUGGUUCAAGGAAGGGGGUCAGCUGCCUCCCGGCCACAGCGUGCAGGACGGGGUGCUUCGAAUCCAGAACCUGGACCAGAGCUGCCAAGGGACAUAUGUUUGCCAGGCCCAUGGGCCUUGGGGACAGGCCCAGGCUCGUGCCCAGCUGGUUGUCCAAGCCCUGCCGUCGGUGCUCAUCAACAUCCGGACCUCCGUGCAGACCGUGGUGGUCGGCCACGCCGUGGAGUUCGAGUGCCUGGCGCGGGGGGACCCCAAGCCCCAGGUAACGUGGAGCAAAGUGGGCGGGUACCUGCGGCCAGGCGUCGUGCAGAGCGGAGGCAUCGUCAGGAUCCCCCACGUGGAGCUGGCAGACGCGGGGCAGUACCGCUGCACGGCCACCAAUCCCGCCGGCACCACCCAGUCCCACGUGCUGCUGCUCGUGCAGGCCUUACCUCAGAUCUCCACGCCCCCCGAGGUUCGUGUGCCCGCUGGCUCUGCGGCCAUCUUCCCCUGCAUGGCCUCUGGCUACCCAACCCCUGACAUCACCUGGACCAAGCUGGACGGCAGCCUGCCCCCCAACAGCCACCUGGAGAACAACGUGCUGAUGCUGCCCUCCGUCCGCCCUCAGGACGCAGGCACCUAUGUCUGCACCGCCACCAACCGCCAGGGCAAGGUCAAAGCCUUCGCCCAUCUGCAGGUGCCAGAGCGAGUGGUGCCCUACUUCACGCAGACCCCCCACUCUUUCCUGCCGCUGCCCACCAUCAAGGAUGCCUACAGGAAGUUCGAGAUCAAGAUCACCUUCCGGCCUGACUCGGCUGAUGGGAUGCUGCUGUACAACGGGCAGAAGCGGAGCCCGGGGAGCCCCACCAGCCUGGCCAGCAGGCAGCCCGACUUCAUCUCCUUCGGCCUCGUGGGUGGGAGGCCCGAGUUCCGCUUUGACGCAGGCUCUGGCAUGGCCACCAUCCGCCACCCCACGCCGCUGACCCUGGGCCAGUUCCACACCGUGACCCUGUUGCGCAGCCUCACCCAGGGCUCCCUGGUGGUGGGCAACCUGGCUCCGGUCAACGGGACCUCGCAGGGCAAGUUCCAGGGCCUGGACCUGAACGAGGAGCUCUACCUGGGCGGCUACCCCGACUACGGCGCCAUCCCCAAGGCGGGGCAGAGCAGCGGCUUCAUAGGCUGCGUCCGGGAGCUGCGCAUCCAGGGCGAGGAGAUCACCUUCCACGACCUGAACCUCACGGCCCACGGCAUCUCCCACUGCCCCACCUGUCGGGACCGGCCCUGCCAGAAUGGGGGCCAGUGCCACGACUCGGAGAGCAGCAGCUACAUGUGCAUCUGCCCGGCCGGCUUCACGGGGAGCCGCUGCGAGCACUCGCAGUCCCUGCACUGCCACCCAGAGGCCUGUGGGCCCGAUGCCACCUGUGUGAACCGGCCCGACGGCCGAGGCUACACCUGCCGCUGUCACCUGGGCCGCUCGGGGGUGAGAUGUGAGGAAGGUGUGACCGUGACCACCCCCUCCAUGUCGGGCACCGGCUCCUACCUGGUGCUGCCCGCCCUCACCAACACACACCACGAGCUCCGCCUGGACGUCGAGUUCAAGCCGCUCGUGCCCGACGGACUCUUGCUGUUCAGUGGGGGGAAGAGCGGGCCUGUGGAGGACUUCGUGUCCCUGGCCAUGGUGGGCGGGCACCUGGAAUUCCGCUACGAGCUGGGAUCAGGGCUGGCCGUUCUGCGGAGCCCCGAGCCGCUGGCCCUGGGCCGCUGGCACCGCGUGUCCGCAGAGCGCCUCAACAAGGACGGCAGCCUGCAGGUGAACGGCGGGCACCCCGUGCUGCGCUCCUCGCCAGGCAAGAGCCAGGGCCUCAACCUGCAGACGCCCCUCUACCUGGGCGGCGUGGAGCCCUCCAUGCGGCUGCCCCCAGCCACCAACAUUAGCACUCACUUCCAGGGCUGCGUGGGCGAGGUCUCUGUGAAUGGAAAGCGACUGGACCUCACCUACAGCUUCCUGGGCAGCCAGGGCAUCGGGCAGUGCUACGACAGCUCCCCGUGUGAGCGCCAGCCUUGCCAGCAUGGUGCCACGUGCCUGCCCGCCGGCGAGUAUGAGUUCCAGUGCCUGUGUCAAGAUGGCUUCAAAGGAGACCUCUGCGAGCACGAGGAGAACCCUUGCCAGCUCCGUGAGCCCUGUCUGCAUGGGGGCACCUGCCGGGGCACCCACUGCCUCUGUCUGCCUGGCUUCUCUGGCCCACGCUGCCAACAAGGCUCUGGACAUGGCCUAGCAGAGUCUGAUUGGCAUCUCGAAGGCAGCGGGGGCAAUGACGCCCCUGGGCAGUACGGAGCCUAUUUCCACGACGGUGGCUUCCUCGUCCUCCCUGGCCGUGUCUUCUCCAGGAGCUUGCCCGAGAUACCCGAGACCAUCGAGCUGGAGGUGCGGACCACCACGGCCAACGGCCUCCUCCUCUGGCAAGGCGUGGAGGUGGGCGAGGCCGGCCGAGGCAAGGACUUCAUCGGCCUCGGGCUUGAGGACGGACACUUUGUCUUCAGCUACCAGCUGGGCAGCGGGGAGGCCCGCCUGGUCUCGGAGGACCCCAUCAACGAUGGCGAGUGGCAUCGGGUGGUGGCCCUGCGAGAGGGCCAGAGAGGCUCCAUCCAGGUGGACGGCGAGGAGCUGGUCCGCGGCCAGUCCCCAGGCCCCAACGUGGCCGUCAACACCAAGGGCAGCGUCUACAUCGGCGGAGCCCCCAACGUGGCCACGCUGACCGGCGGCCGGUUCUCGGCGGGCAUCACGGGCUGUAUCAAGAAUCUGGUGCUGCACUCCCCCCGGCCCGGCGCCCCACCUCCACAGCCCCUGGACCUGCAGCACAGUGCCCAGGCGGGGACUAGCACGCGCCCCUGCCCCUCGUAGGCACCCGCCAGCCCCCCACGGACUCCCGGGCAGCGUCCCAGCCCAACAACGUCGAGUAUAUUAUUAUUAAUAUUAUUAUUAUGAGUUUUUUUUGUAAGAAACUGAGGCAAUGCCUGCUUUGCUGCUACCGCCCUGGGCUGGACUGGAGGGUGGGCAUGCCACCCCCCCCCCCCACCAACACACACACCCCUGGGCAAAGCCACAGGCUGGUGGGCAGGACAGCUGGACAGGAGGGGGAGCCUCAGCUCCGGGACUUGGGGCCACGCCCAGAGGCUGGGUGGGCCCAGAACCCUACUCCAGGUGGAGCCCCCAGGGUGAAAAGGGCCACCUGUCUCUGCAGUCCUCGGGCCACCCUCAUUCCUAGGAGAACUUCCGGACACUCCAGCCCCAGCUUCCAUCCAGGGCCUCACCAGCUCCCUGAGCAGGCGGGGGCAUUCGCAGCAGCCUCGGCCACCCUCCCCAGGGUUGGGAAAGCUCCUUAGGGGCAGCCCUGGAGCAAAUGGCAGCUCACCCCCAGGCAGGCAGCCCCCUACCCCUGCCAGCUGAUGCCCCAGCCCUCCCCUACCUCCUCCCAGCCAGCCAGGCCACCUGCCCCUGGCAGCCUCCCUCCCACCCAGCCCCCUGGCCUGCAUCCCACCCCCAACACCCAGCCCAGGGCCUCCGCCCUCAGGGCCUGCAAGGGAAUCCGCACCCCAACUCUCACCAGGAGCUGCUACCCGCAGAGCCCAGCACUGAGGUCUCCCAGCCUACACCAGGCUACACCCACCACUCAUCUGGAAGUGAAGGCCCAGGGACGGUGGGGGGGGUGGGGAGAAGGUUAGUGCCUUGGGUGGGGGAAGCUGGGACCGUGAGUGGGAGGGUUGGGGAGGGGACAUGACAGCCCCGCCCCAUCCGUGGGAGCCCACUGGGGACAAGCACCCUCCCCACCAGCAGCCCCCAGCCUGUGGGGCCGGGAUGCCUGGCCUCUUUGUCCUAGAAGGGACCCUCCUGUGGUCUUUGUCUUGGUUUUCUUAAAUAAACGGUGCUAUCCCCGCCA